AACAAAGAAACAUGGCGAACUCCAGCACACCGAGAGAAGCAUUGGAGGAAAUGAUAGAACUGCUCCUGGGAAAUGGAGGAGAAUUAGAACUCGGGGGUCUAGUACUGCAACUCAGUUCACACAACCGUCGUUUGGUGUCAGAAUUCGGAGCACUGGAAUUCGUGAAACGCUUUCCGCAGCUUUUUAGUCAGGCUAAGAUAGGGAAGUCCAAAUCGAAAGUGAUGGUUAAGUUAGAUAUCCCACUAGAGUUUUGCACUCAAGCUGGAGAGAAGGGUGGGUGUGUUGCAAAAGGAUGUAGUGCUCUACAUUUAUGUCCUUUCUUUAUCAAGGAAACCUGCAAAUUCGGAUUUAAGUGCAAAAGAUCUCACAAUUAUGGUGACGAACAUACCGUUGGUGUUCUAAAUCACUUCCGCCUCGGUUUCUUAACUAGGGAUCCUUCACAUUCCCUUUUACAAAGGAUUUUCAAAAUGGUCGUUGAUGAAAGUGAACUACAACGAGCUGCUGCCAAAAAAUCUGUUCCAGAUAUUUGUAAAUUCUAUAACAAAGCGACCUGUAAAAAAGGGGACAAUUGUCCUUGCUUGCACGUGUGUGAACAUUUCAUUGAUGGAGAUUGUAAGUUUGGCGAAGGCUGUAAAAGGGAGCAUGAUUUCUCUGACCCUCACAACAAAAAAGUGCUGAAAGAAUAUGACUUGGGUGGAACCAGUGAGCUAAAAGUGCUUCAGCGCUUGAAAGGCAGGGAAAGAAAGCGUACAGUCAGUGGAAGCUCUGAUGUUGAAAAGCCUGAUAAAGUAUUUCCCAAAGCAGUAACUCCUGUUGUCCCAGUUCCCACUUCCAGAGCGAAGGAUGAAAAGGAAAAGGACACUGAAAUUUGUGGAUUUAAUCUGCGUGGCAAGUGUAACUAUGGCAACAACUGUAUCCAUCAUCACACAGAGCUACCUUACUUGUGGGAAUUUUCUGUACAUGGCGAAAAGUGGGAAAGCUUUUCAAGUGAUCUAAAUACAAUGCUAGAGCAAACCUACUGUGAUGUUAAAAAAGGCAGCUGUACAGUUAUGAUCAGAGGAAUUCUUCAUUGCGUUAAAUUUGAUGGUAUGACUGCUGAACCAGUUUUACCAGAUGAUGGUAAGUAUCUCCUCUUUGAAAGUUACAAAUCAGUGCCGGAUCCAGAUCUUGAGAUAAGGGGAGGGGGCCGGUCAUCCAGACCCGUGUAUAAGAGGGGGGACCGGUCUCCAAAAAAGUUUUUUCCGCCCUUUGGGCCUCAGUUUGCUCUAAAAAUAAGGAGGGCCUCCCCUGGAUCCGCCACUGCAAAUAGUGUCAUGCCUGAAUCCCAUGGGAGAAUGUACUACCAUAUAUGGGCUAUAUAGGUGUGUACCAUUGUUAAGGGUGUGGGAUAGGGUAUAGAAAUCAAUCUGUUUGAGCCUAGAAUACUCUAGGAUAUCAAUUUUCUGGAAAGCUGAUCAACAGUGGUUGAAGAUUUUUAUCAAGACUAGGAGAAACUGGGAAUUGGUACCAAAAAAUAAAAUCGGGAAGUUAAAAUUUAUCCAUGGCUGAGUAAGCUUUUGUUGUAGCUGGACUGUGCUGGUGACCUCAGUGGUUUCUGGAAAAUAGCAACUCUAGGGAUACUUUAACCAUUUGCAUGGAAAAACUAAAAAUUCAGGUUGGGAAGCUUCAGAAAACAUGGGCUGUGAUUUGCGGCAAUGCAAUUUUUCUUCCCUUUUCAAUGUGUUCAGCUGGAUAGAACUUUGUGGCAGGUUGUUCUCCCACCCAAUCACCUACCCCUUUUGAUGCCUGAUACCAUGUCAAAUUUUACAGUUUUACGUUUAUGCACAAGAUUUGCACCUGGGUGGUUGGUGUAAAUGGUAAGCACCCUAGGAUAAAGUAGUAGUGGGAGCAGUGGUGGUAGUAGUAGUAGCAGUAGCAGGAGCUGUGGUAGUAAAAGAAGUGGGGAAAUGUUAGUUACAAAAGUGAAAGCUUAGGGAAAGUUCAUUUAAUAUGACAAGAGGGGGGGGGAUGAAGAUAUUGAAACUCGAAGCUUGAAAUUUUAGCAGCCCCCCUCGCUAGCGGUUCAAUUUUUUAGGAGCCCCCUCCUUGGUAGUCGAAAAAAUUUCAGAGCCCCCCCCCCCCUCCUCCUUCAAUUCCUUUGCUCCCCUGAAAAAAGAUCGCUAGACUGUAUUAAAUAUAUUUACCGUUAUUGUCUUCAAUGGUUUAUACUAUGACAAACUUGAGAUACAGUUGUGAUACAAUUUUCUAAAGCAUUUUUGGGAUGAACAAGAGUGUAAUAAUUACUGAGACUACAUUUGUUAUAUCUGUAAACCACGUGAUAUAGCUGAGUUGCACAGGUCAUUAAAUUGUUGAGUUGAAAACCAUCCGAUCUGUAUGAUGAUGUCAUGUGUUGGUUUUGAAGUAUACAAAUUUUUGGAGCCCCCCCUCCUAGCGCAACAAUUUUUUCAGAGCCCCCCCUUCGGGUGUCUAAAAAUUUUCGGAGCCCCCCCUCAAUAUCUUCAUCCCCCCCCUUGUCAUAUUAAAUGAACUUUCCCUUAGAAGACCAGAUGUGAGUGAAAAAAGGGGGUUGACAGAAAAAUAAAUAGUGAAGAUGUAUUCCUUGCUCUAUCAGCUGUGAAUUACAAGUCUCCCAAGGUUCGACGACUGUCUACUGUGUCAUCAGUGGUUGCCGCAGCAGGCCAUGUGUACAGCACUAGGUGGCAUUGGUACUGGCAGGAUGAAAAUAACAAGUGGCAGUCGUAUGACACUCCAUCUGAUGGACAUGCAGUUAACACCACCAGCAGCCAAUGUCUUGAGAGAGAAUACACAGCAGGUAGGAAAUCACCCUCUCCUUUAUUACAGAUAGCUCUUUCUAAGACCAGUACUAUGCGUCCAGCGUAGAGAGAUGCCCAUCUUAUAGCAAGUGGAAUACAAAAGGAGUCAAGAAAGGUAGAGACAAGUUCUAAGGCGUCUUUUUUUAUUGAACUGUCCAUCCUUUAGAGGUGUCCUAUGUGAGAGAGUUGACCUAAAUCAAUCUGGUGAGGGACUUAAGCAGGCCAUGCUGUAGAUUAUGGCCAAAAUAUUAAGUUUACAUGCCAUUAAAACUGGCAUAAGCAAAAAUAACUUUCUAAAUUGUUUUCCUUGUAAAAGUUCCACAAUAUUAUUUAUGAAAAUCAAUUUGUCAUAUGUUUCUGGUUUUUUUUCUCCUUUUAAUCUCAUAUUGCAUCUUCUUUAAUACAUUUCUAGGAAUUAGAAACUCACCCAGUAAUUUUCAGCUUGGAAAUUAAACUCAUUAAGUAAGAUUAUAUGUCUGUCUGUCAUGGACCAAGGGGGUGGUCCUUGAUACCCCCCCUCCCCCCUCCAAAAAAAAUGGAUCUACCUUCAUCUUUAACUGGAAGCUAUAGAGACAAUUUCUUUUUUUUGAUCUGUGAUCUUCAUUUUAUUUCCCUUGAAGACAUGAUGUUAUUGACUUCAUCUCAUUUUUCUCCAGAUAAUGAUUGUCACUCCUUCAGUGCCUCUCAUCACCGUUACACUCUGUACUUCAAAGGAUGGUACCAACAAAAUGAUGUUCACAAAACAAAAAGGCCUGUUAGAAGGAGGCCUGCUGACUUUGUGACCAAACAGAAUAUGACAGACAUUGCUCAGAGGCAUGUGAAGCAUUAAUUUACCUUUAUUUGCUCUUUCCAUUUGCCAUAUUAUUGGUCACUUUUAGCCCUCAAGCAAGCUCUCUGGAACUCUCUGGUGGCGGAGCAGGAAAAAGAAGGAGAGCUUGGAACUAGGUCUCUUGAAUUUGAAUAUCUGCAUCAAAAGAGUCGAUGGAAAAUUAUGCUGAUUGGCAGAGAUGAUAUUAGUAAUAGCGUAAUUACCCUUAGCACGUGGUUUUCAAUGUUUGUUUACAUUUGCACUUGUUUCCGCUUCACACUGAUUGGUGAAAAUCUGACAGUUGAUGGUGAGCCACAGGGGAAUUGGAGGUGGAAUUCAAAUUCCAGAGACAUAGUUGCAAGCUCUCCCUCCUUUUCCCACCCCAUUGCCGUAUCACCCCGUAGAGCUUACUCGCAGGCUAGGUCACUUUUCCCGUCAUGACAUAAUAGGGUAGUAUGAGGGUGAUGGCACAAUGUAACCCAUAAACCCAUAACAGUAAAAAAUCAAAGUAAAAUAUAUGAGGAACUCUUGGACACAUUGUUUAGAAAACAGAGAUUUCAUGCAAUAAAAUUAAAUGACAAAUUGUAAGGAAAUGAGUAGAACGGCUGUAUAAUUUGUUUUCAAGGUUUUAAACGUUUCUCAACUGUUAAAACUACUUAUUUAGUAAUAAAUUAUUGUUAUAUCAGGCGUAGAGCAACUACUUUGGCCCAUCCGAAAACAAGUUCAUCGUCAUCCGAGCUAGAUGGUUUGCCAUCUCACUGGAGUCCUAUUUCGGACGGUGAAGACUUCCAAUGUGUUAAACUUGAAACCAUAUCUGAUGAAUACAAGAGGACAGAAAAGAAAUUUCAGGAUACCAUGGAUGUACAUCACAUGAUUAUCAAGAUAGAGCGAGUGCAAAACCCAGAUUUAUGGAUAAGAUACAAUCAGUAUGUUCUUUGUGUUUUAAUUCCCUUUUAAAAAUCGCUAAUGCUAAACCAGCUAUCAUGAGAAAGGUCGUCAAGGCACUUGCUAUUUCAAAUAAAUUACGUUAAAUGUUAUUAUAUUGUUUUUUGGAAAGAGCUUCUAGGAGAUGCUGCAGGACAGAAAUCAAAAAGAGAUCGAAGCGUACUUGAUUGUGAAAACGCUUCAGUAUCUUCGAUGAGCUUUUCGCUGGCAAGAGCUGGAGCUACAAAUGCAUUGUCCACUGCUGAAUUGACAUAGUGGAAAGAGCUACGUUUUUCGCAAAUUGCCAACUCCAAAACGUUGGAGAAAAAGAGUCUUCGAAACUAGACGCAGGCUGUGAAUGUGUUAUCCAGAGUUGGCUAUUGUUUUCCAAAUAGCUUUGUUGUAUUCCCAUAAGCUUAUGGACAGCUAUUUCAUUUUCGAACACAGGGUCUUCCAGUCGAAAGCCAACGGACUUGUGCAAGUCAAGAUUGCCAACAUAAUAUGCCAUUUGAGGGAAUCUUCAGAGAGAGUGAGAUCUGAUACAAAUCCCAAGAAAGUGGCUCAGGCAUGAUGCGGUUGGGUUUUGGGUUGGGAACCUUCUGCCCAACUUUCAAGUCUUUAGUAGCUUAAGCGCCUCUUAUUAGUAACGUGCGCCCACUCCAAGCAGAGUAUACUUUUUCCUUCUUCUUGAUCUACGCCCAAAGCAAGCAAGCGAAAGAAAGGCUCUGCUGAUAGGAUAGUCAACUGUGGUUCAAAAUUGUUUCUUUCUUGUUUUACUUUUCAGGGAAAAAAGCCGCAUGGCCAAAAAGGCUGGCAGCGAUCCCGAAGAACGGCAGCUGUUCCAUGGAACUAAAUCCGAGACUGCUGACGCCAUCUGCCAGCAGGGCUUUGACUGGCGAAUGUGCGGCAAGCACGGCACAAAGUAUGGAAAGGGAAGUUAUUUCGCUUGUAAGGCCAACUACUCACACCGCUUCACUGCCAGUCAGUUAAGGGGUAAAAAACAAAUGUUUUUGGCUAAGGUAUUGGUAGGUUCCUACACUAAUGNCGGUUGGGUUUUGGGUUGGGAACCUUCUGCCCAACUUUCAAGUCUUUAGUAGCUUAAGCGCCUCUUAUUAGUAACGUGCGCCCACUCCAAGCAGAGUAUACUUUUUCCUUCUUCUUGAUCUACGCCCAAAGCAAGCAAGCGAAAGAAAGGCUCUGCUGAUAGGAUAGUCAACUGUGGUUCAAAAUUGUUUCUUUCUUGUUUUACUUUUCAGGGAAAAAAGCCGCAUGGCCAAAAAGGCUGGCAGCGAUCCCGAAGAACGGCAGCUGUUCCAUGGAACUAAAUCCGAGACUGCUGACGCCAUCUGCCAGCAGGGCUUUGACUGGCGAAUGUGCGGCAAGCACGGCACAAAGUAUGGAAAGGGAAGUUAUUUCGCUUGUAAGGCCAACUACUCACACCGCUUCACUGCCAGUCAGUUAAGGGGUAAAAAACAAAUGUUUUUGGCUAAGGUAUUGGUAGGUUCCUACACUAAUGGUGACAGUUCACUGAAUCGGCCACCACCCAAGAACCCCUUUAGCCCUCAUGUUCUGUUUGACUCGUGCUGUGAUAAUAUGAGCAACCCUGCCUUGUUUGUCGUCUUUGAAAACAGUCAGUCGUACCCAGAAUUUUUGAUCACUUACAUGUAAUCAGUCCGACAGAGAUUGCCAUGAGAUCGACGGUCAGCUCAUUGCCUGCUGGAAAUAUUUCUUUGUAUUUUAAACUUUGGGUGAAACGUUUGAGUGUACGAAUUAUUUUUGUAACAAGGUUUCUGU